AAUGUGUUUGUGAGCCGAUUGUUCGCUACUCAGUUAUUCUAUACGAAUUUUCUCGUCGAUUUUUGCUUCGAUUUCGCGUUCAAAAUCCAUUCUUAAUAAAACAUUAAUAACGGCACUUCCGUCGGGCUUGUUUGCCCAACAAAACUCCAAACAAAAAUACCCCACCCCUAAAACGCGACGGGUAUAAAAAUUAUUUUAGAAAAUAAUUAAAAUAAAAAGUCAUUUGUUUUUUAUUAGACCUGAAUCCGUAAUUGGAUUGUGAUGAAUACAGAUAUGUCGGCUGACCAAAAUCCAACGAAUCUAAAUUUAUAUAUCAUUGGUGAUAACAACAAAGUUAACUUACAAAGUGAUGAGGUGCAAGGUAUAUCUACGAUUUUCACAGAAUUGUGACAUAAAAAACUCAAUAAAUAAGAAUUUAUAUUAUUAGACAUGUAUACAGCUAUUUCAGUUAAGUUUGUCCCCGAGCAAAGCGGAAAAGUCGAAUACGAGCGCGAAAGGCUGCUGGGAAUCGCUAAGAAAUUAAUUAAUUUAUUAGCGAUUCCCAGCAGCGUUUCGCGUUCGUAUUCGACUUUUCCGUUUUGCUCGGGGGACUAUUCGAAGUGCAAUCAUGCGUAACAUUGGCUAUAAAACAAGGGGAUCUCAAUAGUUCAGGGUCAGUUUGUUAAACGCGACGCCCGUGUGUGUUAGUCGGAAAGACAUAGCUGUGUAUACAUGUGUGUAUAUAUAGGUAGGAAGCAGCAAUAUUGUGUCACAGAUUCUGUUUUAGCGCUUUUCCCCACCCGUCCCCUCCCCAAGGAACGUUUACUCCCUCGCUCCUCGGCUUAUGGGCUCGCAUUUCCCAAAACUAUCUACCUGCAUGUAAGCCAAUGGGAGCAUGAGGGCAGUUAGAAUAGAUUACAACCUUAAUUGAAAUAGCUGUAUGUGUAAUGUUAAGUUAUAGUAAAAGGAGGAUCAAUAAUAGAAAAUACAUGUCCACUGUGCAUGUAAAAAUACAAGCAUACCAAAACUACUUUUUCAGGAGAGGAUUUGGGAGGGGAGCGGGGGUGAGGGCUUGUUAGCCAUUGUUUGCAAGUUACCUUGCCAAGUUCAGUAUUCAAUGAAUAGGUUUUCUAUAUAUAUGCACGCAAUCCUGUCAACAAUAUGUGUUAACAACUGGCUUGUAGUUGUCACAACUGUCUGUGCCAUUGUAGGUAGUGCCAAUAAUAUAAACAAGCUUUUGUUGGUAUGGAUGCAACUACCUGAAAUGUAUAAGGAGAAUUUCGACGUUUCGAGCGAAGACCCUUCGUAUGGAGUUACUAGCUGGAGUUGGGUCGGGAAAAUUACAUGAGCUUUUAUACUAAGAAUAUAAAAGCGAUCACGUGACAAAAAUAAACCAAUCAGAUGGAUUUAGUCAAAAAGUAUUAACAAAAACUGUAAAUCACAUUACAGAAUAUAUUACAAAUAUACAGAAAAAUACAGCAAACAGAACAAAACAGAUGAAAUAAGUAUGGAAUAAGGUAAGAAUAAAAAGUAAUGUCAAUAUCUACUUUUGACAGCCGCAAAGGCAGAUAGAGGAAAAACGUCAUUAAUGCCAUAGGGGUGGACAGUGCCAAAUUUGGAAAUGUGGCGCAUUUCGUGUCUUUUGCGACUAUCGUUGCUAGCAGAAAUGGGACAGAGGGCUCGAAUUUCCAUAUCUGAAACACUGUGAUUGCUAGUAUUAAGGUAAUUCCGCAGUAAUUGUUCCCGAAAUGAGAAUGUGCUGAAACUUCCCAGGCAUGGAGUUUAUGAUAUACUUAAAGUUAAAUCACACAAAAAAGUCGGGGUCACCGAACUCGUUAAAAAGAUAUGACAAUCACAAUAUACCACCUUUACCCCAAUAUGGCGCCAUCUUGACGCUCAUUACGAGUAACAGCAAAAUCACAACAGCCCGAUAUUUAUUGACGUUUUUAGCGCGGAUUUUAAUUUAGUAAACAUAUCUUGUAAUUAUUUUUGAAAAAAUAUUGUGUUUUGAGCAAAAUGAAAUUACUAACGUGUACAAUUCUGAUCCACAAAUAUCUUUUCCACAUUUCUUUACAUAUCUUUCUUUGAGAACAUGCAUUGAUAAAGGAUUUUUUUUCAAGAUCCAGAAAUGAUUUUUCUUUUAAUUUCGGAUAUGAAAUGUAAAAUGCAAUAAAGAAAUAAAUUAUCAGUUAAAAAACGGGGGUCACCGAUCUUUUUAGGGAAUUACAAGUAAAUAAAUAUACUACGGACCCUAGCUACACUUUUGUAUGCCUUUUUUGAAAACAUUAAUUUUAACGUAAUUAUUUGCACGAAUGUAACCAAAGAUGUUUUGAAGUAACAUAAAAUUGUCAUAAAAUUAUAUUUUUUAAACGGUACGUAUAAUGGAUGAAGUUAUAAGAUGUGCGCAGUAAAAGUGCGCAAUGCAAAACUGCGGAAUUACCUUAAAAUACCUGGCAACAGACUGGUUACCAUCAUCCCCGACGACUGCACGCUGAUGCUCAACAAAUCUUGUUUUCAAAGGUCUUCCAAUGUCUUCCAAUAUAACGCAUGCCACAUCUACUGCAUGAAAUGCAGUAGAUGAGAUGGGAGGAGCUGCACGUGAAAUGGUGCUUGACAUGGUAUUGCGAUUUAGGUGGCGAAAUGGUGGUGGCAGAAUCUAUGAAAUCACAGGUUUUGCAUUUGGCAACCCGGCAAGGAAACGUGCCAUUUUGCGACGAUGAAUCCUGAGAUACAGUAGGUGAACUGGAGUACGUGCUGGAUGGAAAUUAUUAACAAAGUUAAUAAAACUUUCCAAUAGGCAAUUCCAGCUUUUAGUUUAUCCGUGCAGGGGAGGAUGGGAAGUAAGGUAUCAUGUUGCUGAUUAUGCUAAAAAAUAAAAACGGCGGCCGUGUAAUUACGAAGAAGUGAUAGCUUAUACUUGUAAAUAUUGAAAUAUUUCGGUUGUUUCGGCAGUUUCUAUUGAAAUUUUUCAGCAUAAUUAGCAAUAUGAUACCUUACUUCCCGUCACCCCCUGCGCGCAUAAAUUAAAAGCUGUAAUUGCCAAUUCGACACGAGAACAUGAUGAUGUGCCAAGACAGUCAUCUAUGUACCUACCAAGGUAGCUUGGCCAAUCGGACCAAGAAUUUCCACAUUUUGAAAAAUGACCCCGAAACAUCUUAUGCAGUAGAUGUGGCAUGCACUGCAUCUCAUGCAGUAGAUGUGGCAUGCUUUAUAUUGAGGAAAUUGGAAGACCUUUGAAGACAAGGUUUGGUGAGCAUCGGCGUGCAGUCAUUGGCAAUGAUGCAUUGAUGCUAACCAGCUUGUUGCCAUGCAUUUUAAUACUAGCAAUCACAGUGUUUCAGGUAUGGGAAUUCGAGCCCUCUGUACCAUUUCUGUUAGCAACGAUAGCCGCAAAAGACAUGAAAUACGCCUCAUUUCCAAAAUAUGGCACUGUCCACCCCUAUGGCAUUAAUGAAUGUUUUUCUGUCUUUACCUGCCAAAAGCAGACUUUGACAGUACGUUUAGUUCUUACCUUAUUCCAUACUUCUUAUUUCAUAUAUUUUGUUGUAUUUGCUGUAUUUUUCUGUAUAUUUGUAUUAAUAUAUUCUGUAAUGUGAUUUACAUUUUUUGUUCAUACUUUUUUUUACUAAAUCCAGCUGAUUGGUUUAUUUUUUGUGGCGUGAUCGCUUUUAUAUUCUUAGUAUAAAACUAAUAAAAGCUCAUGUAAUUUUCCCGGGCCCCGCUAGUCAUCCCUACCAACGAAAGCUUAUUUAUUGUAAUUGUCACAAUGCUGUUAGUUGGCCCAUUUGCCACAAGAUUGUUGAUUCAACAGACUUGUUACAAGCAGUUUCAACAACUUCAUGUUAUCGUCCUGUAAUUUAACAAUUUGUCAACAAGUUUCUCAACUUAUUGACAAAUUGUUAAAUUACAGGACGAUAACAUGAAGUUGUUGAAACAGCUUGUAAGAAGUCUGUUGAAUCAACAAUCUUGUGGCAAGUUGUUCAGCAAGCCGUUGACAACUUGUCAACAAGAUGGGGACAAGCACUGCGAACACAUCCCGAUAACGAGUUGUUCAAAUAGCUGACCUCUGCAGGCAUCUU